GACCUCAAAUGACUUCUCUAUCUGUGCUUGGCUUCCUCUCAUACCUCUUUUAUAUCUUUCCUUCUUAGUUUUUCACGCUCUCUUCCUCUCCUGACACCUUUUAAUUCUCUUGACUAUUUCUGUCCCCUUAUCUCCUUUUCUUCCUCCUCGUCUUUUCCUGUCUGCCUCCUCCGGGUGUCAAGGAGACUUUUUCUGUUGCAUGAUUUGUUCGAACAGCUCAUCCAUGCCCUCACAAGUCCAGCAGUGUUCUUUGCUUUUUCUAGCCAGGAGAGUAAACAAUGAAACAGAAGACAGUAGAAUAAGCAAUUUCAGAGCCAGGAGCAGAAACUUGGUUGUCCUGACUGGAGGACACAGGAAUGCUGGCCUGGCAACAUGAUUGGCUGUGAGGGCCUGAACACCUGAGCUGCAUCAAUGGCGUGGACCGAACCACAGCUCAAUCCAGAUCCAAAGCCACUCCCACGACAGACACAGCGCAGUCCUCUGCUUUAUUCAUCUUUACUCGUCUUGAUCUCUAUUGGUUACUUUGCUGGCCUGUGCAAUGCUGGUCCAGCAGAUCCUGCCCGUCUUCCUCUCUUGUCUGGACAGCCUUUUAUUAUCUUCUGGGGGAUCUCAGACUCUUCCUGCGUUGGCCGCCUAAACCCUACAUCUUUUGGUAUGGAACAGGAAGGUCGGGUAGCCGUCUUUUAUGAGGAUUCUCUGGGUAACUACCCAUAUUUUCUAGACAAAAACACACCAGUCAAUGGAGGGAUUCCACAGUACACACGUCUAGAUGCCCAUGUCCAGAAGACAAAGCUAGACUUAGAGGCAGCUUUGCCUGCUCCCAGGUAUCUUGGUCUGGGGGUCCUGCGUUGGGCAGAGUGGGUCCCCCAGUGGUCCAGAAACCCAGAGAAACAGGCACUGUACCAGGAGGCAUCCAGGAAACUGCUGAGGAGCUUCUUUCCUAAAUGGACUCCAGAGGAAGUGGAGAAGUGGUCACAGGUGGAUUUUGAGGCAGCGGCCCAGUCAGUCAUGGUGGAGACGCUGCGGGAGGUUAAAAGAUUGAGGCCAAAGGCAUUGUGGGGCUUCUCUCCUUAUCCCAGCUGCUAUAACAGCGACCCUGCCCAAACCCAGUUAGCCAAUUACACUGGCCAGUGCCCUGCUGCAGAGAUGGCCCUUAAUGAUGAGCUUCUGUGGCUAUGGAGAAGAAGCUCUGCACUCUUUCCCCUCCUGACCCUGGAAAAGCGGCAGGGUGGGACGGAAGCAGCCAGGUCCUUUUUGUCAAGUCAAAUAAAAGAAGCACUACGAGUCGCGUCUCUGGCUGCAGCAGAGUUUGAUCUACCGGUUUUUCCUUUGGUGAAGAGUGUGUAUGCUUCAACUAAAACCUUCUUAUCACAGGCUGACCUGAUCAACACCAUAGGAGAAAGUGCUGCAAUGGGAACAGCAGGCGUAGUCAUCUGGAAUAGAAGUGAGAUGAAAACAGAGAGAGAGUGCCAAGAUCUGGCCGUGUUUGUCCGUAAAGUCCUGGGCCCUUACUCCCUCAACGUUACAACUGCAACUCAGUCCUGUUCAGCCUCCCUUUGCCAGGGGAAGGGUCGGUGUGUUCGGCAAAAUGCAGAAAGCUCCGCUUAUCUCCAUCUACCAGCUCAACCCAAUGUUGCAGAGAAGACAACAGAAAAGGCAGAGGGAGCAGAAGCCACCGAACAGCCAGAUGCAGGGACUAAAGCAGCUGAAUCGGAUCCAGCUGAGAUCUGGAAAAAAGACUUUCAAUGCCAGUGGUACAAGACUGCAGAUAAGGAAACCUCUGAACGGCAACCCCCCAAGGAUGGAGUGUCUGUUGGAGGAAAAGCUGAAGGAAGUACUGGAAACGCAGCAGAGUCCAGAGCAGCUUCCACAACAAAAAGUGCCUCUGAGACUAUGUUAGGAGGAAGUGAUUUUGGUGGUACUGGAAGGCAAGCCGCUUCACUGGAAGUACAGACAGACAGUGUUACUGCCCCAAACCUACAUGCAUUACUUCUGCUGCUAGGGGCUGGAUUUCUAUGCCUGUGACCUUAAAAUAAUCACCUAACCUAGUGUUGAUUCAGAAAGAUCUAAGGUAUAAAUGCAAAUAUAAACCCAAACAAGUGUCCUUUAAAAAGACUCUCCUAUGACAGCUGUAGGUUUGCUGCUUUGUCACUAAAUUACACUUUAUUGUAAUGAAGGAAUUCAAAUAUAUAUUUGGGGCAGACAUUAUUGAAUUACAGAUCUUAUCAUUGUCAGAAGGUAAGGAAAAGGAAACCCUGUUGAGUUGGCUAUCUAAUGUAAAGGUCUACAAACUACUACCAAAAGUUAGGAAAGUCGACCCACACCAUUUCCUCCUCAUUCUUUUCUGUUCCAUCUUUGUCAUCCAAGCUUUCUUAUAUGUAAGAGGUUAAGACUUUUUAUCUCUUCAUAGACAGGCACCAUUGAAUGAUAUAUGGUUUAAACCAGGGUUCUUCAACGUUUUUCAGGCCAAGGACCCCCAAACUGAUGACGAGAUGGA